AUGGCGUGGUGUGGAGCGGCGUGCUGCAGCGUGGUGUGGAGCAGCGUGGUGUGGAGCAGCGUGCUGCAGCGUGGUGUGGAGCGGCGUGCUGCAGCGUGGUGUGGGGCGGCGUGCUGCAGCGUGGUGUGGGGCGGCGUGUUGCAGCGUGGUGUGGAGCAGCGUGGUGUGGAGCAGCGUGGUGUGGGGCGGCGUGCUGCAGCGUGGUGUGGGGCGGCGUGCUGCAGCGUGGUGUGGAGCAGCGUGGUGUGGGGCGGCGUGCUGCAGCGUGGUGGUGGGGCGGCGUGCUGCAGCGUGGUGUGGGGCGGCGUGCUGCAGCGUGGUGUGGGCGGCGUGUUGCAGCGUGGUGUGGAGCGGCGUGCUGCAGCGUGGUGUGGAGCGGCGUGUUGCAGCGUGGUGUGGGGCGUGUGCUGCAGCGUGGUGUGGAGCGGCGUGUUGCAGCGUGGUGUGGGGCGGCGUGCUGCAGCGUGGUGUGGAGCGGCGUGGUGUGGGGCGGCGUGCUGCAGCGUGGUGUGGAGCGGCGUGGUGUGGGGCGGCGUGCUGCAGCGUGGUGUGGAGCGGCGUGUUGCAGCGUGGUGUGGAGCGGCGUGUUGCAGCGUGGUGUGGAGCGGCGUGUUGCAGCGUGGUGUGGAGCAGCGUGGUGUGGGGCGGCGUGCUGCAGCGUGGUGUGGAGCAGCGUGUUGCAGCGUGGUGUGGAGCGGCGUGGUGUGGAGCGGCGUGCUGCAGCGUGGUGUGGAGCGGCGUGCUGCAGCGUGGUGUGGAGCGGCGUGUUGCAGCGUGGUGUGGAGCAGCGUGGUGUGGAGCAGCGUGUUGCAGCGUGGUGUGGAGCGGCGUGGUGUGGGGCGGCGUGCUGCAGCGUGGUGUGGAGCGGCGUGUUGCAGCGUGGUGUGGAGCGGCGUGGUGUGGGGCGGCGUGCUGCAGCGUGGUGUGGAGCAGCGUGGUGUGGAGCAGCGUGCUGCAGCGUGGUGUGGGGCGGCGUGUUGCAGCGUGGUGUGGAGCGGCGUGUUGCAGCGUGGUGUGGAGCAGCGUGGUGUGGGGCGGCGUGCUGCAGCGUGGUGUGGAGCGGCGUGGUGUGGGGCGGCGUGCUGCAGCGUGGUGUGGAGCGGCGUGUUGCAGCGUGGUGUGGAGCGGCGUGGUGUGGGGCGGCGUGCUGCAGCGUGGUGUGGAGCGGCGUGGUGUGGGGCGGCGUGCUGCAGCGUGGUGUGGAGCGGCGUGUUGCAGCGUGGUGUGGAGCGGCGUGGUGUGGGGCGGCGUGCUGCAGCGUGGUGUGGAGCGGCGUGUUGCAGCGUGGUGUGGAGCGGCGUGUUGCAGCGUGGUGUGGGGCGGCGUGUUGCAGCGUGGUGUGGAGCGGCGUGUUGCAGCGUGGUGUGGAGCAGCGUGGUGUGGAGCAGCGUGGUGUGGGGCGGCGUGCUGCAGCGUGGUGUGGAGCAGCGUGUUGCAGCGUGGUGUGGAGCGGCGUGCUGCAGCGUGGUGUGGAGCGGCGUGGUGUGGGGCGGCGUGCUGCAGCGUGGUGUGGAGCGGCGUGUUGCAGCGUGGUGUGGAGCGGCGUGUUGCAGCGUGGUGUGGAGCAGCGUGGUGUGGGGCGGCGUGCUGCAGCGUGGUGUGGAGCAGCGUGUUGCAGCGUGGUGUGGAGCGGCGUGCUGCAGCGUGGUGUGGAGCGGCGUGGUGUGGGGCGGCGUGCUGCAGCGUGGUGUGGAGCGGCGUGGUGUGGGGCGGCGUGUUGCAGCGUGGUGUGGAGCGGCGUGUUGCAGCGUGGUGUGGAGCGGCGUGUUGCAGCGUGGUGUGGAGCAGCGUGGUGUGGGGCGGCGUGCUGCAGCGUGGUGUGGAGCAGCGUGCUGCAGCGUGGUGUGGGGCGGCGUGCUGCAGCGUGGUGUGGAGCGGCGUGUUGCAGCGUGGUGUGGGGCGGCGUGCUGCAGCGUGGUGUGGGGCGGCGUGCUGCAGCGUGGUGUGGGGCGGCGUGUUGCAGCGUGGUGUGGAGCGGCGUGCUGCAGCGUGGUGUGGAGCAGCGUGCUGCAGCGUGGUGUGGAGCGGCGUGUUGCAGCGUGGUGUGGAGCGGCGUGUUGCAGCGUGGUGUGGGGCGGCGUGCUGCAGCGUGGUGUGGAGCGGCGUGGUGUGGAGCAGCGUGUUGCAGCGUGGUGUGGAGCGGCGUGGUGUGGGGCGGCGUGCUGCAGCGUGGUGUGGAGCGGCGUGUUGCAGCGUGGUGUGGAGCGGCGUGUUGCAGCGUGGUGUGGAGCAGCGUGGUGUGGGGCGGCGUGCUGCAGCGUGGUGUGGAGCAGCGUGUUGCAGCGUGGUGUGGAGCGGCGUGGUGUGGAGCGGCGUGCUGCAGCGUGGUGUGGAGCGGCGUGCUGCAGCGUGGUGUGGAGCGGCGUGUUGCAGCGUGGUGUGGAGCAGCGUGGUGUGGAGCAGCGUGUUGCAGCGUGGUGUGGAGCGGCGUGGUGUGGGGCGGCGUGCUGCAGCGUGGUGUGGAGCGGCGUGUUGCAGCGUGGUGUGGAGCGGCGUGGUGUGGGGCGGCGUGCUGCAGCGUGGUGUGGAGCAGCGUGGUGUGGAGCAGCGUGCUGCAGCGUGGUGUGGGGCGGCGUGCUGCAGCGUGGUGUGGGGCGGCGUGUUGCAGCGUGGUGUGGAGCGGCGUGUUGCAGCGUGGUGUGGAGCAGCGUGGUGUGGGGCGGCGUGCUGCAGCGUGGUGUGGAGCGGCGUGGUGUGGGGCGGCGUGCUGCAGCGUGGUGUGGAGCGGCGUGUUGCAGCGUGGUGUGGAGCGGCGUGGUGUGGGGCGGCGUGCUGCAGCGUGGUGUGGAGCGGCGUGGUGUGGGGCGGCGUGCUGCAGCGUGGUGUGGAGCGGCGUGUUGCAGCGUGGUGUGGAGCGGCGUGGUGUGGGGCGGCGUGCUGCAGCGUGGUGUGGAGCGGCGUGUUGCAGCGUGGUGUGGAGCGGCGUGUUGCAGCGUGGUGUGGGGCGGCGUGUUGCAGCGUGGUGUGGAGCGGCGUGUUGCAGCGUGGUGUGGAGCAGCGUGGUGUGGAGCAGCGUGGUGUGGGGCGGCGUGCUGCAGCGUGGUGUGGAGCAGCGUGCGUGGUGUGGAGCGGCGUGCUGCAGCGUGGUGUGGAGCGGCGUGGUGUGGGGCGGCGUGCUGCAGCGUGGUGUGGAGCGGCGUGUGCAGCGUGGUGUGGAGCGGCGUGUUGCAGCGUGGUGUGGAGCAGCGUGGUGUGGGGCGGCGUGCUGCAGCGUGGUGUGGAGCAGCGUGUUGCAGCGUGGUGUGGAGCGGCGUGCUGCAGCGUGGUGUGGAGCGGCGUGGUGUGGGGCGGCGUGCUGCAGCGUGGUGUGGAGCGGCGUGGUGUGGGGCGGCGUGUUGCAGCGUGGUGUGGAGCGGCGUGUUGCAGCGUGGUGUGGAGCGGCGUGUUGCAGCGUGGUGUGGAGCAGCGGCGUGUGGGGCGGCGUGCUGCAGCGUGGUGUGGAGCAGCGUGCUGCAGCGUGGUGUGGGCGCGUGCGUGCUGCAGCGUGGUGUGGAGCGGCGUGGUGUGCAGCGUGGUGUGGGCGGCGUGCUGCAGCGUGGUGUGGAGCGGCGUGCUGCAGCGUGGUGUGGAGCGGCGUGCGUGCGUGUGGGGGCGGCGUGUGUGGGCAGCGUGGUGUGGGUGGUGUGGAGCAGCGUGGUGUGGGGCGGCGUGUUGCUGCUGCAGCGUGGUGUGGGGCGGCGUGGUGUGGGCAGGCGUGGCAGCGUGGUGUGGAGGCGUGGCGGGGUGUGGGCGGCGUGCUGCAGGUGUGGGCGGCGUGUGCGCGUGGGUGGUGGGGCGGCGUGCUGCAGCGUGGUGUGGGGCGGCGUGCUGCAGCGUGGUGUGGGGCGGCGUGUUGCAGCGUGGUGUGGGCGGCGUGCUGCAGCGUGGUGUGGAGCGGCGUGUGUGCAGCGUGGUGUGGGGGCGUGCUGCAGCGUGGUGUGGAGCGGCGUGGUGUGUGGGGCGGCGUGUGCAGCGUGGUGUGGAGCGGCGUGUGCAGCGUGGUGGUGGAGCGGCGUGCUGCAGCGUGGUGUGGAGCGGCGUGUGUGCAGCGUGGUGUGGGCGGCGUGUUGCAGCGUGGUGUGGAGCGGCGUGUGUGUGGGGCGGCGUGUGCAGCGUGGUGUGGAGCGGCGUGCUGCAGCGUGGUGUGGAGCAGGCGUGUGUGGAGCGUGGUGUGGGGCGGCGUGCUGCAGCGUGGUGUGGAGCGGCGUGGUGUGGCGGCGCAGCGUGGUGUGGGCGGCGUGCUGCAGCGUGGUGUGGAGCGGCGUGCUGCAGCGUGGUGUGGAGCGGCGUGUGCAGCGUGGUGUGGAGCGGCGUGCUGCAGCGUGGUGUGGGGCGGUGGUGUGGGCGGCGUGCUGCAGCGUGUGUGGGCGGCGUGCUGCAGCGUGGUGUGGCGCGUGCGGCAGCGUGUGGGCGGCAGCGUGGUGUGGUGCGGCGUGCUGCAGCGUGGUGUGGGGCGCGUGCUGCAGCGUGGUGUGGAGCAGCGUGCUGCAGCGUGGUGUGGAGCAGCGUGCUGCAGCGUGGUGUGGAGCGGCGUGGUGUGGGGCAGCGUGCUGCAGCGUGGUGUGGAGCAGGCGUGCUGCAGCGUGGUGUGGAGCAGCGUGUUGCAGCGUGGUGUGGAGCGCGUGCUGCAGCGUGGUGUGGAGCAGCGUGUGGCGUGGUGUGGGCGCGUGCUGCAGCGUGGUGUGGAGCGGCGUGUUGCAGCGUGGUGUGGAGCAGCGUGCUGCAGCGUGGUGUGGAGCGGCGUGGGUGGGGGGCGGCGUGCUGCAGCGUGGUGUGGAGCGGCGUGCUGCAGCGUGGUGUGGAGCAGCGUGUGUGAGCGGCGUGGUGAGCGGUGGAGCGGCGGCGUGGUGUGGAGCGGCGUGGUGUGGGCGGCGUGCUGCAGCGUGGUGUGGAGCGGCGUGCUGCAGCGUGGUGUGGAGCGGCGUGCUGCAGCGUGGUGUGGGCGGCGUGGUGUGGGGCGUGGUGUGUGGGCGGCGUGCUGCAGCGUGGUGUGGAGCAGCGUGGUGUGGGCGCGUGGUGUGUGGGCGCGUGUGUGGAGCGGCGUGCUGCAGCGUGGUGUGGAGCGGCGUGGUGUGGGGCGGCGUGCUGCAGCGUGGUGUGGAGCGGCGUGCUGCAGCGUGGUGUGGGCGCGUGGCAGCGUGGUGUGGGCGCGUGUGUGGGGCGGCGUGGUGUGGGGCGGCGUGCUGCAGCGUGGUGUGGAGCAGCGUGGUGUGGGGCGGCGUGGUGUGGGGCGGCGUGCUGCAGCGUGGUGUGGAGCGCGUGCUGCAGCGUGGUGUGGGCAGCGUGGUGUGCAGCGUGGUGUGGAGCGCCGUGGUGUGGGGCGUGGCGUGGUGUGGAGCGCGCGUGGUGUGUGGAGCGGCGUGUGUGCAGCGCUGGUGUGGAGCGGCGUGCUGCAGCGUGGUGUGGGCGGCGUGCUGCAGCGUGGUGUGGGCGGCGUGCUGCAGCGUGGUGUGGGGCGGCGUGGUGUGGGGCGGCGUGCUGCAGCGUGGUGUGGAGCGCGUGUGUGCAGCGUGGUGUGGGGCGGCGUGCUGCAGCGUGGUGUGGGCGGCGUGGUGUGGGGGCGGCGUGCUGCAGCGUGGUGUGGAGCGGCGUGCUGCAGCGUGGUGUGGGCGGGCGGUGUGUGGCGGCGUGCUGCAGCGUGGUGGGGCGGCGUGCUGCAGCGUGGUGUGGAGCGGCGUGUGUGCAGCGUGGUGGUGUGGCGGCGUGUGGGUGUGUGAGCGUGCGUGUGCAGCGUGGUGUGGAGCGGCGUGUGCAGCGUGGUGUGGGCGGCGUGCUGCAGCGUGGUGUGGGCGGCGUGCAGUGGGGGGGCGGCGUGCAGCGUGGUGUGGAGCGGCGUGCUGCAGCGUGGUGUGGAGCGGCGUGUGCAGCGUGCGUGGUGGGGCGGCGUGCUGCAGCGUGGUGUGGGGCGGCGGGUGUGCGUGGUGGGGCAGCGUGGUGUGGGGGCGGCGUGCUGCAGCGUGGUGUGGGCGGCGUGCUGCAGCGUGGUGUGGGGCGGCGUGCUGCAGCGUGGUGUGGGGCGGCGUGCUGCAGCGUGGUGUGGGCGGCGUGUGCAGCGUGGUGGUGUGGAGCGGCGUGCUGCAGCGUGGUGUGGAGCGCGUGCGUGUGUGGCAGCGUGGUGUGGGCGGCGUGCUGCAGCGUGGUGUGGAGCGCGUGUGCAGCGUGGUGUGGAGCAGCGUGGUGUGGAGCGAGCGUGGUGUGGAGCGGCGCGUGGUGUGGGGCGGCGUGCUGCAGCGUGGUGUGGGGCGGCGUGCUGCAGCGUGGUGUGGAGCGGCGUGCUGCAGCGUGGUGUGGAGCGGCGUGCUGCAGCGUGAGCCGCUCAGGCUGGUGGGAGGGGCCAGUCGCUGCGCCGGGACAGUGGAGCUCAGACACAGAGGAGAGUGGGGACGAGUGGGGAAGGAUUAUAGAGACUGGACCGAGGAGGACUCAGCUGCUGUGUGCAGAGACCUGGACUGUGGGUCUGCUGUUUCUGGACGUCAGAGAGAUGGUUUUCCAGUCAGUCCUGUGUGGAGGAUCUCAGCUGACUGCAUGAAGAGGAGGAAGACUAAACUGAGAGACUGUGUUCAUGACACCACUCACUUCCCCUCCUACCCGUAUGGUGUGGAGGUGAUGUGUUCAGACUUACUGAACCGUCCAGUCCUGUCCCUCUCUGUGACUGUGGGGGCCUCCCAGGUCCAGGACUCCCAGGUCCAGGACUCCCAGGUCCAGGACUCCCAGGUCCAGGUCUCCCAGGUCCAGGACUCCCAGGUCCAGGACUCCCAGGUCCAGGACUCCCAGGUCCAGGUCUCCCAGGUCGGGGUGCAGGUGGUGCGUGUGCAGUUGGGGUCUCAGUUCUCGGUCCAGUGCUCGGUGAAGCCUCAGUUCCCAGGAGGCUCCUUCCAGCUGCUCUCUCCCUCUGGGAACCACACCCUGCCUGCUGUCAAUCACUCUGCACACUUCCUGUUCAGUCACACUGGCCCCGCCCACAAAGGAAACUACACCUGUGUUUACCACCUACAGGUGUUCAACCACAGCUUCACCUCCGAGAGCGAGAGACUGGAGCUGAGGCUGGGAGCCCGGAGCGACCCGGGGGAGAGGGCCCAGAGGGAGGGGAGCGACCCGGGGGAGAGGGCCCAGAGGGAGGGGAGCGACCCGGGGGAGAGGGCCCAGAGGGAGGGGAGCGACCCGGGGGAGAGGGCCCAGAGGGAGGGUAGCGACCCGGGGGAGAGAGCCCAGAGGGAGGGGAGCGACCCGGGGGGAGAGGGCCCAGAGGGAGGGGAGCGACCCGGGGGAGAGAGCCCAGAGGGAGGGGAGCGACCCGGGGGAGAGGGCCCAGAGGGAGGGUAG